UCUCUCUGAGUCAAAACCUGCCUCCCUGACUUCAUGCUGUUGGUCCCUCUCUUCUGCUCUGGAGACUCGUAGGCCGGUCACACCUCCUUCUCCAGCCAGUCAGGACCGCACCAACCCGCGCAGAGCCGGCUCGACCUCCUCCUCCUGCACGGCGCGGCCCCGGCCCGCCCAGGCUCCGCCGCCGGGACCUCGGUUCGCGUGGUCCGCGUGCCUAUUCGGAACUCCGCUCCUAGCACAGCCGGAUCCUCCGGGGAGGCGAUGUUGGGGACACUGGUCUGGAUGCUCGUUGCGGGCUUCCUGCUGGCGCUGGCGCCGGGCCGGGCCACGGGCUCCCUGAGGGCGGGCCGGCGCCCGGCGCGGCCGCGGGGCUGCGCGGACCGGCCCGAGGAGCUCCUGGAGCAGCUGUACGGGCGGCUGGCGGCCGGCGUGCUGAGCGCCUUCCACCACACGCUGCAGCUGGGCCCGCGCGAGCAGGCGCGCAACGCGAGCUGCCCGGCAGGGGGCAGGCCCGCCGACCGCCGCUUCCGGCCGCCCACCAACCUGCGCAGUGUGUCGCCCUGGGCCUACAGAAUCUCCUACGACCCAGCGCGGUUCCCCCGGUACCUGCCCGAGGCCUACUGCCUGUGCCGCGGCUGCCUGACCGGGCUGUUCGGCGAGGAGGACCUGCGCUUCCGCAGCGCCCCGGUCUACGUGCCCGCCGCUGUGCUGCGCCGCACCCCGGCCUGCGCGGGCGGCCGCGCCGUCUACACCGAGCACUACGUCACCAUCCCGGUGGGCUGCACCUGCGUCCCCCAGCAGGACAAGGACGCGCACAGCAUCAACUCCAGCAUCGACAAGCAGGGCGCCAAGCUCCCGCUCGGCCCCAACGGCGAGCCGGCCCGCCCCUGAGGCCGUGUCGCGGGGCCCUGUCCCCGGAGUGCGUCUGCGGGGCCCUGGGCGGCUGUCGGCCCCUUGGGGAGAGAGCGAACUGAGACCCGGGCGAGAGCAGCAGGUCCCGAGGCUUACAGGCCGCAGGGACGGAGGCGCGGACGGCUGCGGGGAGCGGCGGGCCCGGCCCCGCGUGUGGCCGCCCGGGAGCUGCGGGGUGCGGGGCGGCUCCACGGCAGGCGCCCCCGAGAGGGGAUAGACGUGUGCUUCAAAACAAUUCUUAGGAAAGCGCAGAGGCUGUGCACCUGCUUUUUUACUCACCUGUUUUGAAUUAGGGCAGAAACUAUUUUUUAUAUCAGCAAGUUAAAGCGACUAUAUUACAAAAUUUUACUUGCCCUAUAAGCCAUCUCUGAACAUCCAGCCUUCGCUUCCUCCGGUAGGACGUUUUAGAAGCGUGGCUGGAAUCCUCAGACACGCUCUUCUGAGCCGGACGGCGCUGGGUCUCUGAGUCAGCCUGUGGCGGUGGCUGAGGACGGUGCGGUGGACGCUCGACCCUCCACCCAGGGUCUCCGCAAGCCCAGAUGGACUGCGGGGAUGCACAGGACCCCAGAACGGGCUGAGAAUUCCAGGAACCUCAAACUCGGUUUUAUUCAUGAGUUCAUGGGUGGUCUCAGACUUACACAAUUUACAUUUGUUUUUUCACUUUUGAAAGUCAAUGGGGCCAAUUUGUGGAUACGAGGUGGUGAGAUAAGAUGACACAGAUGACACGUGGAAUGCAACAUCUUAUCUCCAGUUCGCAGGAAGAAUCCCAGCAAGUAUUGGCUUAGUUUUAAGGGCUUCAGGAUUGGGCCAAAUAGGAGAAAGUGGACCAAAUCAGACUUUCCAGAGGUCAACGUCGAGGCCUCUUUUUCUCCAUACUGCAAUGUGAGCUAAAGCCUUCCUCUUUAGGUUGAAAAUCUGUCCUUAACACAACUAUUUGUAAAAGGUAGAAGUGCUUUUUAAAAAAAAUUUUUUUUUUAAUCAUUAAAACUGUUAUAAAUGAAGAAUACAUUAGCUAUGUGCAUUUCUCUCUGGAUUCUGCUUGGAUGGGCUGGACUGGUUUUUAGAAGUAACAAUAUGUUAACCGAGGUCAUCUUAACUUUAUGGCUGAGGUUUAAAUUAAUCAAGAUUUGAUUUGCCCAUAGAAAUAUCAUCUAGUCAUGUGAAGUCCAUCUCUUUGAUCUUUUGUGACAUCCUCAUCUAAGACCAAGAAGUGCCUUUAAUUUGUGUGUUUCACUUCCAAGCACCAACUCUGCUGAAAUAACAGAACACUGGCUUCCCUACGUCAUCAUCCGUCACUCAGAGAACUUUCAACUCCUACUAAACAGUAGCAAAAAUUGUGCACGAAAAACACAUCACUCAGCAAAAUCCAGAUUGUUCAAAUAAAAAAUUGAAAAUUGAAAGCAAUAACUGGAUAGUUCUCUAGAGUUUGGGAAAUUUUACUUCCCUGUUCAAUCUCUAGAGGAAAACAAAUGGUACCCCUGCUGGUGGUAUGUCUAGAAUACACUCUUGUCCAGAGACAGGAGGUUUAGAGCAACAACCCCAAAAAUCCAUAAAUUAAAAAGAAAAACUGCCUUUCAAACCAGCCAUUUGGCUAAUUGUUUCAGUCAUCACUACUGUUGUGUAACAUUUUCCAGGCCACUCCCCAAAUGUAAAUAGUGCAAGCAUCAGAGGAGGGUGGACUCAGGAGAGUCAACUAUUUGUGUGGGGGAAAUAUCACUAUUUUAUUCAUUGUAUUAAUGGCUAGUUUAACAACCUCAGCUUGUUAAAAUGUGGCACAUUCCCAGCAGAAGAAAUUAGCUUUCCAUUCUAAAGUCUAGAAAGGCAACAUUGAUGUGUGUUUUUUCUCUGAAUGGAAUAUUCAUCCAUUUAGUAAAUACCUAUUGAGCACCUGCCUGGUUCCAGUCACUGAGCUCCUGGAGACAACUUUGGACAAGGUGCAAACUUAAGCAAAUAAAAUGCACUAGCAGCCAGCACAGAACUAGGCUGACCCACCCCAGGUCCUCACGCCCAGGAAGUGCUGCCUGGCCAAUCCGCUCCUUUGCCUCACUCAGCUACGUCUUCCUCACUGGUUAAUGAGGUUGCAGCACCCGCCUCGCAGAGUCCUUGUGAGGAUCAAAUGCUGUUAGUAAAGCACCUGGCAGUGCCUGGAAACACAUUGGCCCCAGUCAUUUAUAAGCUGCAUUUAAAAUAAAUAUCAAGCUAAGCCUUCUGACUUAAUGUUGAUUGCUUUAGCAGCUACUGUCACUUAGAAGUGACUCUUUUCGUAUAAAAGAUAAGUUUAAAAUGAAAUCUGUAGGACCUUCACUUGGCAGCAGCCAACAGAUACACUAUGUU